CCAACUCCGUAAUGCUACACACCUGCAGUCCGUUUAUUAACUUGGUAUCUCUUAGACUCUAAAUCUCCCGUUCCUCCGCCAUUGGGUGGGGACUUUCGCCUCGUGCUAGCUAGAGUAGUCAGUCAGUAGUAUUAGGGACUAGUUAAUGUCGUUUGCUCAACGGCCAGGCCGGAUCGAUGGCCAUUAUUUUUGUAGUCGGGCCCGGAGUAGCUCUGCUCUCAUAAAAGCUGACUCGAACCACUUGUUUCCAUUCCCUCCCCCUUCCUCCUUUUCUUGUCUGGCGAUCAGUUCCUUUUCCCGUCCCUCCCCUUGCUUUCCCUUUUUCGUCUUCCUUCCUGCAGUUGCGUUUCAUCCUCGUGGAGGAUCCGACCCAGUAUGCGUUUCAGCGCCCUCGUCGCCUCUACGCUGGUGGCUCUCUCGCCAGCGACUGCCUCGCUCAUCGACAAGUGGGACUUUCUGGCCGGCAAGGCCCUGGUUAACCAGGUGUCGUACCACUUCUCCAACCCAGAGGCCAGUCUUAGCUGCACGCCUCUGACCGCCACCGUGCGCAAGGAAUGGGGUUCGUUGAGCAAGCACGAGCGUCGCAAGUACAUUGAAGCGGUGCAGUGCCUCAUCUCUAAGCCAUCGCAGUCCGAUCCUGAGUUUGCUCCGGGGGCUCGCACGCGGUUCGAUGACUUCGUCGCCGUGCACAUCAACCAGACCAUGUACAUUCACAUGACGGGUAACUUCCUCACCUGGCACCGGUACUUUACCUGGGCCUACGAGCAAGCCUUGCGGGAUGAAUGUGGCUACAAGGGCUCGCAACCCUACUGGGCCUGGAACAAAUACGCCACCGACCCGCUGAACUCGCCCAUUUUCGAUGGCUCCGACACCAGCAUGUCGGGUGACGGCGCCUACGUGCCUCACAACGGCCCCCAGGUGCUCCAGGGUCUGACUCUGCCUCCCGCCAACGGUGGCGGCUGCGUGAAAGAGGGUCCGUUCAAAAACUUCACGGUCAACCUGGGCCCCGUUCUCCCCAGUCUGAACGUCACGAAGGGCCAGAACGGAACCGGUCUAGACUACAACCCGCGCUGUCUGCGUCGCGACAUCUCCAAGUACUCGGCCAACUGGACCACGACGGAGAUCAUCAGCGACCUGAUCCUAGACCACGACAACAUCUGGACCUUCCAGAACCGCCUGCAGGGCGACGCUGCUACCGGCUACGUUGGCAUCCACAGUGGCGGUCACUACACCAUUGGUGGUGACCCGGGUGGUGAUCUCUACACCUCUCCCGGUGACCCUGCCUUCUACCUGCACCACUCUGCUAUUGACCGUGUCUUCUGGACCUGGCAGAAUUUGGACCCUCGCAACCGCACGUACGUGGUCAAGGGUCCCUCGAUCCUGCCGGGCUUCGGCGACCCAACGGGCAACGACACCACGCUGGACACCGUUGUUGACAUGCCCACGCUGGCGCCACCCCGGACUAUUCGGGAGCUCCUGGACACGACCGGUGGACCUUUCUGCUAUGUAUACUUGUAGAUUAGAGGGGGUUGGUUAAUGUCUGGUUUAAUAUGUAUAGUUGUAUGCUCGAGGGAGCGGAGUUGUAGAUAGACAUUCAAUAUUCAACGAUAAUACUACACACUGUUUGUUAUUAUACUCGCCGAGCGGUUUAGGUCCCCAGGAUUUCCACUUCUUCAAUCCCGAUCGAGAGAGUAACUUUCGCAAGUGGUAUUACCUACGCCUCACAACCGUCCGAUCAAAUGAUAUAUAUUCUUGCAGGAUUGAUACCCAGCAUCUU